CGCGUGAUGAACCUCACAUUUUGCUUUAUUUACACUAAACCGGCUUAUUGGACGCGCGCGCCUGUUUCCGCUGUAGAACGCAGCUCCACAUGCGACAAAUGAUAGGAUGGAGAAUUUAGAAUUGAGCCUGUCAUCACUGGGCACCAUAUCCAGACAUGUUGACAAAAGUCACAACGAACUCAGCCAGUAUCUGUCAAAGCAGAUAUGGAGCCAACAGGACAGACAGUGUAUUCUGGAGUGCUUGGCUCAGCUGCUGCUGGAGAAGGAUUACACCUUGCUGAUUGCACGACACCUGCGGCCGCUGAUCCUGGACCUGCUGGAGAGGAACGCGGAGAGGGUCAGAGUCGGUGGCAGGAUCAACCAUGACCUCCACGAGCGCCUGUGCGUGGCCCUCAGCAAGCUCCUCAGCAUCAGUCCUGAUGCACAGGCGUUUGCUGCAAAGUACUUCAACAGUGCCCCUCCAGUGUUUCAAAGGCUCUUCUUCACCAGCGAAGAGUCAUCGGCUGUCCAGUAUGGCCCCAGGAGGAUGAAGAUGCGUGACCUCAUGGGUGCCACUCUACGUUUCCUUCAAAGUGAUUGUGCCAAGUUUCGAAUGCUCUGGGACUGGAGUCCCUGUGUGUCCCAGCUGCUCACCAGCGACGUCAUGGUCCGAGGGUACACUGCUCAUUGUUUAGCACUGGUCUCUCACAUGACUGAUAAUCAGAAAACCAUCUUUCUGAGGAAGGUCCUGGCAAAUGAGGAGAUCCUGCACAUGAAAAUUAAAGCACUGGAAGAAACUCAGCAGCUGGAGGUAGAAAAGGCGCUGGUGUUAGCCAAUCAGGGCUCUGUGAUGUGGCGCCAGGAGAAGGCUAAUAAGUUUACUAGGGGCCAGGUGGUAUCUGAGGACCUUUCCCAGAAUGUGGUAGCAGUCUGUGGUGUCGUACUACCCAGGAUAGUUCCUAGACAGGCUGAACAGGUUAACCAGAAGGAUCUGGUGCUUGUGGACUCGACCUGCCGUAACCUGAGAAGACUGGCAUUGGCUGUAGCUUCCCAGAAGCCUGUGCUCCUCGAGGGUCCUAUUGGAUGCAGUAAAACUGCCUUGGUAGAGUUUAUGGCUGAAAUCACCGGACAUACGAAAGCUACAGAGCUUCUCAAAGUCCAACUCGGGGAUCAAACUGACAGUAAGAUGCUGCUUGGGAUGUACCGUUGUACCGAUAUUCCAGGGAAGUUUGUGUGGCAGCCAGGAACACUGACACAAGCUGUAUCUAAAGGCCACUGGAUCCUCUUGGAGGACAUAGACCAUGCACCUCUGGAUGUGAUAUCUGUGCUGCUGCCUUUGAUGGAGAAUAAAAAGCUGAUGAUUCCAGGACGGGAGGAUUGCAUCGACGUCGCACCUGGAUUUCAGUUCUUUGCAACAAGAAGGACGUACUACAGUGGAGGCAGCUGGCACAAGCCUCAGAACUCUCAUGCAGCGCUGCUGGACAAGUACUGGACCAAGCUGCAAAUGGGCAACAUGACACGUGAAGAGCUGAAGAAGGUGCUCGUCAGCAGGUAUCCCAGGCUGACAGUGGUGGCAGACCGUCUCCUGGAUAUCUACUGCCAGCUGACUGGGGAGCGGCACUCUGACCCGGACACAAGCAGCCUCCAAACCUCUGACAACUCCCAGCAGCACAACUCUGAGAACAAAAGCACAACAACGCUGGAGGGGAGAGCCCUGUCACUGAGGGACUUACUGAAAUGGUGCGAGCGGAUCAGUGUCAACUUUGACAGCACUUCCUCUGCUACAGCACAACAUGUCUUCCAAGAGGCUCUUGACUGCUUCACGGCCAUGUUGUCUCACCCUGAAAGUCGACUGCGAAUGGCUGAGAUCAUCGGAAUCAAGCUCAACAUCUCCAAAGAAAAGGCCCAGCACUUUUGCCAGAUGUACCAGCCUGGCAUCUCUGUGACUGAGCUGGACGUCUCUGUCGGAAGAGUAACUCUGGGUCGGAAGCAGACCGAAGCUGUGCAGCUGAACGUGGAGAACCAGACGUUUGCUGCCACUCGACCCUCUGCUGUGCUGCUGGAACAGCUGGCAGUGUGCGUGCUCAAGGGGGAACCGGUUCUCCUGGUGGGAGAGACAGGAACUGGAAAGACGUCCACUGUACAACAUCUGGCCAGAGUUACAGGACACAGACUGCGUGUUGUGAACAUGAACCAGCAGAGUGACACUGCUGACCUCCUUGGAGGCUACAAGCCAGUGGACCACAAGCAGAUCCUGCUCCCUCUGCGGGAGGCCUUCGAGGACCUGUUCUCCCAGACCUACUCGAGGAAGCAGAACCUGACCUUCCUGGGUCACGUUCAGACCUGCUUCAGGGGGAAACGCUGGCAGGAUCUGCUCAAACUCAUGGACCACGUCUGCAAGUCUGCUCUGACCAAGGAGCUGCAGGAGAAAUCUAACGCUUUGUUGCUGCAGGAGCAGUGGGAGGCUCUGACUGCAAAACUGAGUCAAACCCAGCAGCAGAUCAGAGUCUGUGAGACCGCCAUGGUCUUUGCCUUUGUGGAGGGAACAUUAGCUCAGGCAGUGAAGAAGGGUCACUGGGUUCUGCUGGAUGAGAUCAACCUUGCAGCAGCCGAGACCUUGGAGUGUCUGAGCGGACUCCUGGAGGGCAGCGCCGGGUCUCUGGUGCUGCUGGACCGAGGAGACACUGAGCCCCUGGUUCGACACCCAGACUUUCGACUCUUUGCUUGCAUGAACCCGGCUACGGACGUUGGCAAGAGGAACCUGCCUCUGGGCCUCAGAAACAGGUUCACUGAGCUGUAUGUGGAUGAGCUGGAGAAUGAGGGAGACCUACGGAUUCUGGUUUCAGACUACCUCAAGUAUUUGAAUCCACAUAGAAAUGUCAUCAGCGGCAUCAUAAGUUUUUACUUGGCAGUACGAAAAGAGGCCAACUCACAUCUGGUGGACGGGACAGGGCACAGGCCCCACUACAGCCUGCGGACUCUGUGCAGGGCGCUGAAGUAUGUCGCAGCAAACCCCUGCAACAGUGUGCAGCGCUCACUCUACGAGGGUUUCUGCCUGAGCUUCUUGACUCAGCUGGACAGAAGCUCUCACCCUCUGGUCCAGAAACUGGUGUGUCAGCACAUCCUGAUGGGGAACAUCAAGUGUCUCAAACAACCCAUCCCGGCACCCCCAGGUCAGCGCUGUGUGGAGGUAGAGGGCUACUGGGUGUCCCAAGGGGAGAUGGAGCCUGCUCUAGACCCCAGCUACAUCCUCACCCCCUCAGUCAAGCUCAACCUUCGUGACCUCGCCAGAGUCGUAUCUACAGGGACUCACCCAGUGCUGAUCCAGGGAGAGACGUCUGUGGGGAAGACCAGUCUGAUUUGCUGGCUGGCUGCAGCCUCAGGGAACCAGUGUGUGAGAAUCAACAACCACGAACACACCGACAUCCAGGAGUACAUAGGCUGCUACUCAUCAGAUGACAGGGGCAAGCUGAUGUUCAAAGAGGGCGUUCUGAUCGAUGCCAUGAGGAAAGGCUACUGGAUCAUCCUGGAUGAGUUGAACCUCGCCCCCACCGAUGUCCUGGAGGCUCUCAACAGACUCCUGGACGACAACAGGGAGCUGUUUGUGGCUGAGACACAGGAAGUCAUCAAGGCGCACCCCAGAUUUAAGCUGUUUGCUACCCAGAAUCCCCCUGGUCUCUACGGUGGUAGAAAGGUGCUCUCCAGGGCUUUCAGGAACCGCUUUGUGGAGCUGCACUUUGAUGAGCUGCCCAGUGGAGAGCUGGAGACUAUUCUCAACCAGAGGUGCAGCUUGCCUCCAUCCUACUGCACCAAGCUGGUCAAUGUCAUGCUACACCUUCAGUCUCUACGCAGGGGAUCCUCUGUGUUUGCGGGGAAACAUGGCUUCAUCACCCUCAGAGACCUGUUCCGCUGGGCAGAUCGUUACCGGCUGGAGGAGCAGACGGAGGCCUCUCGGGACUGGCUGCAGCAUUUGGCUGAUGACGGGUACAUGCUGCUGGCAGGGCGUGUCAGGAAGCCAGAAGAAGAGGCCACCCUCCUGUCCAUCCUGGAGAAGCACUUCAAGAGGACGGUGAACCCUGAAAGCCUGUUCUCUCAGAAACAGGUGACCAGCCAGUUCAGUCCCUUCAUCGACAGCAUUGCUGGAGUUCCAGAGGAGUUCCGCCAUGUGGUGUGGACACACAGCAUGAGGAGACUGGCUGUGCUUGUCGGACGUGCACUGCGAUUCGGAGAGUCUGUCCUACUCGUAGGAGACACCGGAUGUGGAAAGACAACAAUCUGCCAGCUGUUUGCUGCUUUGGUUGGCCAGAAGUUUUAUUCAGUCAAUUGUCACCUGCACAUGGAGACGUCUGACUUCUUGGGAGGCCUGCGACCUGUCAGACACACACAUCAGCCGGAUGGUGAAGACUGCAGGCUGUUUCAGUGGCACGAUGGCCCCUUGGUGCUGGCCAUGAAGGAGGGGGGAGUGUUCCUCAUGGAUGAGAUCUCCCUGGCUGACGACUCAGUGCUUGAAAGACUGAACAGUGUUCUGGAGACAGAGAAGUCCCUGGUGUUGGCAGAGAAGGGCAGUGGGGACAAUGACGACGUGGAGCUGAUCAGAGCAGUAGCACGUUUCCGCCUGGUUGCCACCAUGAACCCUGGAGGAGACUUUGGCAAGAAGGAGCUCUCUCCUGCUCUCAGGAACCGUUUUACAGAGAUCUGGUGUCCUCAGAGCAACAGUCGCAGUGACAUGGUUCAGAUCAUCCAACACAACCUGCGCUCCGGCCUCUCACUAGAUGGCUGUGACAUCGCAGAGCUGAUGCUGGACUUCAUCGAUUGGCUGACCCAGCAGGACUUUGGCCGGCGUUGCAUCCUUAGCGUCAGAGACAUCCUGUCAUGGGUGCACUUCCUCAACACUGUGUGUGAGCGGGAUGAGGACGGCUUCAUGACCAUGGGGGCGCUGGAGGACGAAGAAGAGGCAGAGUGGGACCUCAGACUGGACACCGUCACUGCCUUCAUCCACGCAGCAUGUCUGGUCUACAUUGAUGGCAUCGGCUCUGGAACCACAGUGUCCUCUGCAGACAGCGCCCUCCUCGCUCGCCGGCUGUGCAUGAGCUUCCUGCAGCAGCGGCUGAGUAAGAUGACAAAGCUGGAUCAAGAGAUGCUGGAUGCCCUGAGAGUCUAUGACAGCAACCUGCCACGGAAACCGCAGUGGGGAGAGGACUUCUUUGGCAUUGACCCCUUCUACAUUACUUUAGGGCCUCAGACUGAGAGUCGCUCCCUGACAGAUUAUGCCAUAGCAGCAGGCACUACUGCGAUGAACGCCCAGAGGCUUCUGCGGACGCUGAAGCUUCAGCGGCCCGUGCUGCUGGAGGGAGCUCCUGGUGUGGGAAAAACCAGCCUGGUGGCAGCUCUGGCAAAGGCUUCUGGGAACCACCUGGUCCGGAUUAACCUGUCAGAGCAAACAGAUGUCACCGAUUUGUUCGGGACAGAUCUCCCAGUGGAGGGAGGGAAAGGAGGAGAAUUUGCAUGGCGUGAUGGCCCCCUUCUGGCUGCUUUGAAGGCAGGCCACUGGGUUGUCCUGGAUGAGCUGAACCUGGCCUCUCAGUCGGUGUUGGAGGGUCUGAACGCCUGCUUUGAUCACAGAGCAGAGAUCUAUAUUCCUGAGCUUGGCAUGAGCUUCCAGGUUCAACACGAGAAGACCAAGAUCUUCGGCUGCCAGAAUCCUUUCACUCAAGGUGGUGGCCGUAAAGGUCUGCCCAAGUCCUUCCUCAACAGAUUCACACAGGUUUUUGUUGACCAGCUCACCAGCAAAGACAUGGAGUUCAUAGCAGACUCCAUUUUCCCCACCAUCGAUAAGGAAAUCCUUGCUAAAAUGGUGGACUUCAGUAACAGGCUCGUCCAGGAGGUGUCUGUGGAACGACGGUGGGGUCAGAAAGGGAGCCCCUGGGAGUUCAACCUGCGCGACAUGUUCAGGUGGUGUCAGCUGAUGCAGGCCGACCAGUCGCCAGGAUUUUUCAGUCCAGGCCAACAUGUGUCAUUGGUGUAUGCCGAUAGAAUGAGAACAGAGGCUGACAAGGCUCAGGUACUGGCGGUGUUCAGGAAGGUGUUUGGGGAGGACUUUGAGCCUUACAGCGGCUCCAGACAGUUCCACAUCACUCCACUCAACCUGCAGGUAGGGUUUUCAGUCCUGCAGCGAAGCGGUGGAGCCCCUGUGGCGCUGGACCCCCCACUUUCCAUCACCCACCAGGCCCUGCGGCCGCUGGAGUCCCUGAUGAAGUGCGUGGAGAUGGGCUGGAUGACGAUAUUGGUCGGCCCCACAGCCAGCGGCAAGACCAGCCUGGUGAGACUGCUGGCUCUGCUGACAGGACACCGCCUCAGAGUCAUGGCCAUGAACAGCGCCAUGGACACCACUGAGCUGCUGGGAGGCUUCGAACAGGUGGAUAUCAUGCGACCCUGGCAACAAGUGCUUGAAAGCGUAGACUACAUAGUUGCCAUGGUAAUAAGACGCGGCCUAAUGUCACUGGAUGUUGGCAUCCAGGACACAGAGUUCCUGCUGCAGACGUGGGGCCUGUUCUGCAACUGGCUGAAUGAGAAAGAGCUGCAAAAAACCGGGGGAACGGUCGACUCAGAGGCUCUGAACAAGCUGGAGGUCAUCAUCCUCCUCCUGCAGAAACUCAACACCAAACUCAAAGUGUUCACUGACAUGUCCAAGCUGCAGAUGGACUUCACGCUGCUGAAGGAACGUCUGGCCCAGCUGGAGGAUGGCUGGACUAACGGGGGCUUUGAGUGGUUGGACGGUAUGCUUGUCCAGGCCCUGCAGGCUGGGGAUUGGCUGCUCAUGGACAAUGUUAACUUCUGCAGUGCCUCUGUCCUGGAUCGCCUCAACGCUCUGCUGGAACCUGGUGGAUCCCUCACCAUCAACGAACGCGGCGUCAUAGACGGCAAGACGCCCCAAAUCACCCCACAUCCCAACUUCAGGUUGUUCCUGACCAUGGACCCUGUGCACGGGGAGCUCUCCAGAGCCAUGAGGAACAGAGGGGUGGAGGUCUACAUCCCAGGGGAACAUGAGGGCAUCUGCUGGGACUCACUGGACCUGAAGACCCUGCUUCACACUGCCGGGGUGUCCGGGGACUGUGUGUGCGAUCUGCUGAUUGAAAUCCAUAAAAGCAUCAAAUCUGCCAUCUGGGAUUCUCCUGCCUCAUCAGUGGCCUCUCUCCUGCAUGCUGGCACCCUGCUGUCCUGUCAGCUGCACAGAGGUGUGGAUAUACCCAGCGCCCUGCAGCACGCCUGUAGAGAGGCUUACUCCCUGUGCCAGCGCACCACUGCCAACCAAAAGCAAGCCCAGCAGGUGAUCGAGCAGCACUUGGCCAUCCUUGACACGGAGGACUGGGGCAGCGGGCUGCUGUGUGCCGGGGUGUGGCCUGACGGCUUCCCCUCCGCUCUCCUCUCCACGGAGGAUUCCUGCUUCUCCGCCGUUCUCCGAGACGGACAGGUGCUGUCAUUCUGCCUGAACACGCUCAGCCUGCAGGGCAAACGGAAUCUACCACUGAGCCUGAGUGACCUGCAGAGGGCGCUGCAGAGCAGUGGUGUCCAUGAAAGCCUGGUGUUCUCUGAAGGUGUGGUGGAUCUGGAGGAAGGAGACGCUCUGAGGCUGAUACCUACAGCAGUGAGACUGGUCACAGAGAGAGCCUCUCACGGGGACUGGAUCCUCCGCAGCAGCUGGCUCUCACAUCUGGGAAAGAGCUACAAAUACGCUCCUGAUUCAGCGCUGGUCCAGGUGGAGGCAGGGAACAGGGCUCUGAAAGCUGUGUUUGCAUGCAAACUUGCUGCUAAGGGCAAGUCACUCACGGAGUUGCUGCAGCCUCACAGCACAGAUGAAUACCGGAUUCUGGUGGACAUGCGCUGGAACAAACAAUAUCUGGACAUUUUAGCCAACAAAUGUAACUUUGAGGAUGAGGAAAGAUAUAUGGAGUUUUUGGAGGCACUGAACACAGUUGCUAACAGGAUCGUUCUGAUGAUGGACAGAGAGGAGAGGUCUGUCAUCUGCACCUGUGCUAUCAACCUGUGUGCGCAGAACUGUGCCCUGAGGAUCGCCACAGCCUUCAGUAAAGGAACUGUUGAUAUCGGUCACCUGCCUCAUCCGGUGCUGAUGCACCUCCAGACAUUCUUCGACCUGUGGAACUCAUUCACACUGCAGGCUGUGCUGAGUGGACAGAACUACAUCUCUGACCACAUCACGUUUGAGAUCAUGCAGUUGCUGCAGUGGCUCGAUCGUUUCUGGGAUGUGUGCAGCACGCUGCCGGCCGACUCUCAGGGCAUCUCUGUGCUGUCUCUGCACUGGCAGUGGGUGCAGAAACACCUCAUCCUCCGGCUGCCGCAGCUGCUGCUGGGAGACACCGACACCACAUUAGAAGGUCACCAGGAGCUGCAGGUGGUCUCCGCUGCCAUCCAGACUGUUCUGUCCACCCCGGUGUCUGUGGCCACAGCACUGAAAGGCAUCCAGAAAACUCUGGGGAAAGCUCUGCCAUUCAAGCUGGAGUCAGUGGGUAAGUGUGCGUCUCUGCUGCGGCUCCUGAGUAAAGCUUUAGAUGUGAGUGAUCUGAGGCUGGAUGGCAUCACUGGGCCUUGGAGACACGAUCUGCUCCGACUUCAGGGUGCUGCGCUCAAACUGGACAUUAAAGAGAGUCUGCUUGAAGCCUGGGGCCUUGUUCUGCUGGCAAACAACCAGCUGGAUCCUCAGAAGUCUGCUGUUUUCUAA